AUGGAAAAUUUAGAAUUGAGCCUGUCAUCACUUGGUACCAUAUCCAGACAUAUUGACAAAAGUCACAACGAACUCAGCAAGUAUUUAACUAAACAGAUAUGGAGCCAGCAGGACAGACAGAGCAUUCUGGCAUGUUUGUCUCAGCUGCUGUUGGAGAAGGACUAUACACUGCUGCUCGCCCGCCACCUCCGGCCGCUGAUCCUGGACCUGCUGGAGAGGAAUGCGCAGAGGAUCAAAGCAGACGGCAGAAUCAACCAUGAUCUCCACGAGCGCCUGUGUGUGGCGCUCAGCAAACUCCUCGGCGUCAGUCCCGAUGCACAGGCGUUUGCUGCGAGGUACUUCAACGAUGCCCCUCCAGUGUUCCAGAGGCUCUUCUUCACCAGUGAAGAGUCCUCGUCUGUCCAGUAUGGCCCCAGGAGGAUGAAGCUGCGGGACCUAAUGGGUGCUACCCUCCGCUUCCUCCAGAGCGACUGUGCCAAGUUCCGAGUCCUCUGGGACUGGAGUGCGUGUGUUUCUCAACUGCUCACCAGCGACAUCAUGGUUCGAGGUUACACUGCCCAGUGUCUGGCCCUGGUGUCCCACAUGACUGACAAUCAGAAAACCAUAUUUUUGAGAAAGGUGCUGUCGAGUGACGAGAUUCAGCACAUGAAGAUAAAGUCACUGGAGGAAACUCAGCAGUUUGAGGUAGAGAAGGCCCUGGUCCUGGCUAAUCAGGGCACUGUGAUGUGGCACCAGGAGAAGGGGAACAAAUUCACCCGGGGUCAGGUGCUGUCAGAAGACCUGUCCCAGACUGUGGUGGCUGUCUGUGGGGUGGUGCUACCUAGGAUCGCCCCCAAACAGACAGAACAGGGUAACCUAAAGGAUCUGGUGCUAGUGGAUUCGACCUGUCGCAACCUGCGGAGACUGGCCAUGGCAGUGGCAUCCCAGAAGGCUGUUCUUCUGGAAGGGCCCAUUGGAUGUGGUAAAACUGCACUGGUGGAGUUCUUGGCUGCCGUGACCGGACACACCAAAACACCAGAGAUUCUCAAAGUCCAACUUGGGGAUCAAACUGACAGCAAGAUGUUGCUCGGGAUGUAUCGCUGUACUGAUAUCCCAGGGAAGUUUGUGUGGCAGCCAGGCACCCUGACCCAGGCUGUCUCUAAAGGACACUGGAUCCUGUUGGAGGACAUUGACCAUGCUCCUCUAGAUGUGAUAUCUGUACUCCUUCCCUUGAUGGAGAAUAAAAAGCUGAUGAUCCCAGGACGGGAGGACUGCGUCGAAGUGGCCCCAGGCUUCCAAUUCUUUGCUACGAGAAGGAUGUUCCACAGUGCCGGAGGUUGGUACAGACCACAGAACACCCACGCAGCUCUCUUGGACAAGUACUGGACUAAACUGCAGAUGGGAAAUAUGGCACGAGAGGAACUGAAGAAGGUUCUGGUGAGCAGGUACCCUAACCUGACGGUUGUUGUGGAGCGCCUCCUGGAUAUUUACUGCCAGCUGACUGGAGAGAGUCAUCCUGACCCGGUGGCACUGGGCCACACAGACAGCCUGCAGCCCCCAGAGGUGUCCCAUCACAGGCUGGAAGGCAAGACCACGUCCCUUGAGGGGAGGGGACUGUCCCUGAGAGACCUGCUGAAAUGGUGUGAUAGGAUCAGCAGUAACUUUGACAGCACCUCGUCUGCCACCGCUCAACAUGUCUUUCUGGAGGCCCUAGACUGCUUCACGGCCAUGCUAUCCCGACCAGAGAGUAGGCUACGCAUGGCUGAGGUCAUCGGGAGCAAGCUCAACAUCUCCAAAGAGAAGGCUGCACAUUUCUGCCAGAUGUACAAGCCUGGCAUCUCUGGGACGGAGUUGGAGGCCUUGGUGGGCAGAGUGACCCUGGAACGGAAGCAGAAUGAAGUGGUCCGCAUCUGCAACGAGAAGCAAACAUUUGCUGCCACGCGACCCUCUGCGGUGCUUUUGGAACAGCUAGCUGUGUGCGUUACCAAGGGGGAACCCAUCCUCCUGGUUGGUGAGACGGGCACGGGCAAGACGUCCACUGUGCAGUACCUGGCUGGACUCACUGGACACAGGUUACGGGUGGUGAAUAUGAACCAGCAGAGCGACACAGCUGACCUGCUAGGAGGGUAUAAACCAGUGGACCACAAGCUGAUCCUGCUGCCCCUGCGUGAAGCCUUCGAGGACGUGUUCUCCCAGACGUACUCCCGCAAGCAGAACCUGACCUUCCUGGGCCACGUGCAGACCUGCUUCAGGGGCAAGCGCUGGCCGGACCUGCUCAAGCUCAUGGACCACGUCUGCAAGUCGGCCCUCGGCAAGUCGGAGCUGCAGGAGAAGAACAAUGCUGCCUUGCUGCAGGACCAGUGGGAAGCCCUGGCCGUGAGGCUGGCUCAAACCCAGCAGCAGAUCAGAGCCUGUGAGACCACACUGGUCUUUGCCUUUGUGGAGGGGACUCUGGCCCAGGCGGUGAAGAAAGGAGAGUGGAUCCUGCUGGAUGAGAUGAAUCUGGCUGCAGCAGAGACCCUGGAGUGUCUGAGUGGCCUGCUGGAGGGCACCGCUGGCUCUCUGGUGCUGCUGGACCGCGGAGACACUGAGCCCCUGGUUCGCCAUCCAGACUUCCGUCUCUUCGCCUGCAUGAACCCAGCGACUGACGUGGGGAAGAGGAACCUGCCCCUGGGCAUCAGAAACAGGUUCACUGAGCUGUAUGUGGAAGAGCUGGAGAAUGAGGGAGACCUGCUCAUCCUGGUGUCUGACUACCUGAAAGGAUUGAACCCUAAUAAAAACGUCAUCAACGGCAUCAUAAGCUUUUACCUGGCGGUGCGUAAGGAGGCUACCUCCAAGCUGGUGGAUGGGACAGGACACCAUCCCCACUACAGCCUGCGUACCCUCUGCAGGGCGCUGAAGUACGUGGCAGCCAACCCCUGCCACAGCGUCCAGCGCUCUCUCUACGAGGGCUUCUGUCUGAGUUUCCUCACCCAGCUGGACCGCAGCUCCCAUCCCAUGGUCCAGAAACUGGUGUGUCAACACAUCAUGGGGGGAAACAUCAGGUGUCUGAAGCAGCCCAUCCCGGAGCCCACUGGGCGGCCCUGCAUCCAGAUGGAAGGCUACUGGGUUUCCCAGGGGGAGAUGGAGCCAGCCCUGGACCCCACCUACAUUCUUACCACCUCCGUCAAGCUCAACCUGCGUGACCUGGCCAGGGUGGUGUCCGCCGGGAGCCACCCGGUCCUGAUCCAAGGAGAGACAUCGGUGGGAAAGACCAGCCUGAUCAGGUGGAUAGCGGCCGCCACGGGGAACCAGUGUGUGAGGAUCAACAACCACGAGCACACAGACAUCCAGGAGUACAUGGGCUGCUACUCCUCUGACGGCAGGGGCAAGCUGGUCUUCAAAGAGGGCGUUCUGAUUGACGCCAUGAGAAAAGGCUACUGGAUCAUUUUAGAUGAAUUGAACUUGGCCCCUACAGACGUCCUGGAGGCCCUGAACAGACUGCUGGACGACAACAGGGAGCUGUUUGUCGCAGAGACACAGGAAGUGGUCAAAGCUCACCCCCGAUUCAUGCUGUUCGCGACCCAGAAUCCUCCUGGUUUCUACGGAGGCAGAAAGGUGCUGUCCAGGGCCUUCAGGAAUCGUUUUGUGGAGCUUCACUUUGACGAGUUGCCCAGUGACGAGCUAGAGACCAUCCUCCAGCAGAGAUGUAGUCUUCCUCCAUCCUACUGCUCCAAGCUGGUCAAGGUCAUGCAGGAUCUCCAGUCUCUUCGCAGGGGAUCCACAGUGUUUGCUGGGAAACAUGGCUUCAUCACCUUGAGAGAUCUGUUCCGCUGGGCCGACCGCUAUCGGCUGGAGGAGCAGACGGACGCCUCCCGCGAUUGGCUGCAGCAUUUAGCUGAUGAUGGGUUCAUGCUGCUGGCUGGGCGAGUGAGGAAGCCAGAGGAGGCCGCUACCAUCCAGUCUAUCCUGGAGAAACACUUCAAGAGGACGGUGAACCCUGACAACCUGUUCUCAGAGGAGCAGCUCACCACACAGUUUAGAAAGCAAUCAACUAACACUAUAAUGUCAAAAUUCCGUCACGUGGUGUGGACGCGGGGGAUGAGGAGACUGGCCGUGCUGGUGGGACGGGCCCUGCGUUUCGGGGAGUCCGUUCUAUUGGUGGGAGACACUGGGUGCGGUAAGACCACCAUCUGCCAGCUCUUUGCUGCGCUGGCCGGACAGAAGUUCUUCUCCCUCAACUGUCACCUGCACAUGGAGACGUCUGACUUCCUGGGCGGCCUGCGUCCUGUCAGACACACUGGGACACAGCAGGCGGACGCUGAGGACGGCAGGUUGUUUGAGUGGCACGACGGGCCCCUUGUCCUGGCCAUGAGAGAGGGAGGGGUGUUCCUCAUGGACGAGAUCUCCCUGGCUGACGACUCUGUGUUGGAGAGACUCAACAGUGUCCUAGAGACGGAGAAGUCUCUGGUGCUGGCAGAGAAAGGAAGUGGCGAUGACGACGACGUGGAGGUGAUUACAGCAGGGCAGAACUUCCGCCUGGUAGCCACAAUGAACCCUGGGGGAGACUUCGGGAAGAAGGAGCUCUCACCUGCACUGAGGAACAGGUUCACAGAGAUCUGGUGCCCCCAGAGUAACAGCCGCAGUGACCUGGUGCAGAUCAUACAGCACAACCUGAGGACUGGCCUCUCAUUGGACGAUAGCGACCAACAAGGAGGACACAUCGCCGAGCUCAUGCUGGACUUCAUCGACUGGCUGACCAACCAGGACUUUGGGCGGCGCUGCGUGGUCAGCGUCAGGGACAUCCUGUCCUGGGUCAACUUCCUCAACCUGGUGUGUGAGCGAGACGCCGACGGCUUCAUGACCAUGGGGGACGAGGGCGAGGAGGAGGCCGAGUGGGAUCUCCGGCUGGACACAGUCACUGCCUUUAUCCACGCAGCGUGCCUGGUCUACGUGGACGGCAUCGGCUCAGGGACCACGGCGUCUGCUGCGGAGAACGCCCUGGUGGCGCGCAGGGCCUGUCUGAGCUUCCUGCGUACCAAACUGGGUGGGAUCACCAAGCUGGACCAGGAGAUGCUAGACGCGCUGAGAGUCUACGACACCAGCCUGUCCAGGGAGCCCCAUUGGGGGGACGACUUCUUUGGCAUCGACCCCUUCUACAUCCCCUCAGGCCCGGAGAGGGAAAGCAGGAGCCUGACUGACUAUGCCAUAGCCGCAGGCACCACAGCGGUCAACGCCCAGAGGCUCCUACGGGCCCUGAAGCUGCAGAGACCUGUGCUGCUGGAGGGCUCCCCUGGAGUGGGCAAGACCAGCCUAGUGGCCGCCCUGGCAAAGGCUUCUGGGAACCACCUGGUCAGGAUCAACCUCUCUGAGCAGACUGAUGUGACAGACCUGUUUGGGACCGACCUGCCUGUGGAGGGAGGAAAAGGGGGAGAGUUUGCAUGGCGGGAUGGCCCUCUCCUGGCUGGACUGAAGGCUGGACACUGGAUUGUCCUGGAUGAGUUAAACUUGGCCUCUCAGUCCGUGCUGGAGGGGUUAAACGCCUGCUUUGACCACCGUGCUGAGAUCUACAUCCCAGAGCUGGGCAUGAGCUUCCAGGUACAACACGAGAAGACCAAGAUCUUUGGCUGCCAGAACCCCUUCACUCAAGGAGGCGGGCGCAAGGGCCUGCCCAAAUCCUUCCUCAACAGAUUCACUCAGGUGUUUGUGGAUCAACUGACCAGUGAGGACAUGGAAUUCAUUGGAGACUCCAUCUUCCCGAACAUUGACAAUCAGAUCAUCUCUAAAAUGGUGCAGUUCAACAACCGGCUGGUCCAUGAGGUGUCUGUGGAGAGGAAGUGGGGUCAGAGAGGAGGCCCCUGGGAGUUCAACCUGCGUGACAUGUUCCGCUGGUGUCAGCUGAUGCAGGCCGACCAAUCGCCAGGGUUCUUCAACCCGGGUCAGCAUGUGGGGUUGGUGUACGCUGAUAGGAUGAGGACCGAGGCAGACAAAGCCCAGGUGCUGUCUGUGUUCAGGAAGGUGUUUGGUGAGGACUUUGAGCCCUACACCGGAUCAAGACAAUUCCACAUCACUCCACUCAAUCUGCAGGUGGGCUUCUCUGUGCUCCAGCGUAGCGGAGGUGCCCCUGUGGCCCUGGACCCUCCUCUGUCCAUCACCCACCAGGCGCUGCGGCCCCUGGAGUCCCUGAUGAAGUGUGUGGAGAUGGGCUGGAUGGCGGUGCUGGUGGGCCCCACGGCCAGCGGGAAGACCAGCCUGGUGCGCCUCCUGGCCCUGCUCACCGGACACCGCCUCCGCGUCAUGGCCAUGAACAGCGCCAUGGACACCACCGAGCUGCUGGGAGGGUUCGAGCAGGUGGACAUCGUGCGGCCCUGGCAGCAGGUGCUGGAGAACGUGGACUACAUCGUCGCCAUGGUGACGCGGCGGGGUCUGAUGUCGCUGGACGGGGCGGGGGUGCAGGACACCGAGUUCCUGUUGAAGACCUGGAGCCUGUUCUCCCGCCGGCUGAAGGAGGAGGGGCUGGAGAGGACCGGGGGGGCGGUGACCUCGGAGGCGCUCAACAAACUGGAGGUCAUCAUCCUCCUGCUGCAGAAGCUCAACACCAAACUCAAGGUGUUCACGGACAUGUCCAAGCUGCAGAUGGACUUCACCCUGCUGAAGGAGCGUCUGGCCCAGCUGCAGGACGGCUGGAGUAACGGAGGCUUUGAGUGGCUGGACGGCAUGCUGGUGCAGGCCCUGCAGGCUGGGGAUUGGCUGCUCAUGGACAACGUCAACUUCUGCAGUCCCUCUGUGUUGGACCGUCUGAAUGCCCUGCUGGAGCCCGGCGGCUGUCUGACCAUCAACGAGCGUGGGGUCAUCGACGGAACCACCCCCUCCAUCACCCCACACCCCAACUUCAGGUUGUUCCUGACCAUGGACCCAAUCCAUGGAGCGAUCUCCAGAGCCAUGAGGAACCGAGGGGUGGAGAUCUACAUCCCAGGGGAACACGAGGGGGUCUGCUGGGACACGCUGGACCUGAAGACUGUACUCCACACCGCCGGGGUGACCGGAGACUGUGUGUGUGACCUGCUGAUCGAGAUACACACCGACAUCAAAGCUACCAUCUGGGACUCCCCUGCGUCGUGCGUCUCCUCCCUGCUCCACGCUGCAGCCCUGCUGUCCUGCCAGCUGCAGAGAGGGGUGGACCUGCCCAGUGCCCUACAGCACGCCUGUGGGGAGGCCUACUCCCUCUGCCAACGCACCAACGCCAGCCAACAGCAAGCCCAGGAGGUGAUUGAACGUCGCCUGUCCAUCCUGGAUACAGAGGACUGGGGCAGCGGGUUGCUGUGUGCCGGGGUGUGGCCCGACGGCUUCCCCUCCGCCCUGCUAUCCACGGAGGACUCCUGCUUCUCCUCGGUCCUCCGCGACGGACAGGUCCUCUCCUUCUGCCUCAACACGCUCAGCAUGCAGGGCAAGAGGAGCCGUCCGCUGAGCCUGUGUGACCUCCAGAGGGCGCUUCAGAGCGGGACAGCGCUGCACGAGGGUCUGGUGUUCUCCGGCGGCGUGGUGGACCUGGUGGAGGACGGUGACGCCCUACGCCUGCUACCCACCGCCGUCAGGCUGCUCAUCGAAAGGGCCUCGCACUCCGACUGGAUGCUCCGCACCGCCUGGCUCUCCAGCCUAGCCAAGAGCUACAAGCACGCCCCUGAGGUGGCACUGGUGCAGCUGGAGGCAGGGAACAGAGCUCUGAAGGCCAUGUUCAGCAGCAAGCUGACUGUGAAGGGGAAGUGCCUCACUGAGCUGCUGCAACCACACAGCACAGAUGACUACAGGAUUCUGGUGGACAUGCGUUGGAACAAGCAGUACCUGGACAUUCUGGCUAACACGUGCAACUUUGAGGACGAGGAGAGGUACAUGGAGUUCAUGGAGGCCCUCAACGCAGUGGCCAACAGGAUCAUACUGUUGACGGACAGAGAGGAGAGGGCCGCGGUGGGAAGCUGUGCUAUCAAGACAUCAGCACACAACAGCGCGUUGAGGCUGGCCACUGCUUUCUCCAAAGGGACGGUGGACAUUGGUCGUCUGCCUCACCCAGUGCUGAUGCACCUGCGCUCCUUCUUUGACCUGUGGGACGCCUUCACACUGCAGGCCGUGCAGACUGGACAACCCUACAUAUCUGACCACCUCAUGUUCGAGAUCCUGCAGCUGCUGCAGUGGAGAGACCGGUUCUGGCAGGUGUGUAACUCGCUGCCUGCCGACUCCCAGGGAGUGUCGGUCCUCUCGCUGCACUGGCAGUGGGUCCAGAAACACCUCAUCCUCCGGCUGCCACAGCUGCUACUGGGAGAUGGCACCCAUGAUGGUCAGCAGGAGCUCCAGACAGUGUCGGCUGCCAUCCAGACCGUCCUGUCCACUUCUGUUACCGUGGCCACCGCCCUGAAGGGGAUCCAGAAGACCCUGGGGAAACCCCUUCCAUUCAAGCUGGAGUCUGUGGCUGAGUGUGCUUCCCAGCUGAGGGUCCUGAGCAGGGCCCUGGACGUGGGCGACCUGAGGCUGGACAACACAGCCUCCCUGUGGAGACAGGAGCUGGUCCGCCUGCAGGGAGCCGCCCUGGGCCUGGACACCAAGGAAAGACUGCUAGAAGCCUGGGGCCUGGUCCUGCUAGCCAACAACCAGCUAGAGCCCCAGAACUCCGGUGUCCUAGAGAGGCUGGUGUCGUGCGUCCAGCAGCAGCAGGAUCACAUGACCUCGUGCGGCCUUCUGGAGGUACGCCCCUCCUCCAUGCAUGACGAGGGGGACCAGGGGGACAGCGCCCCUCCCUGUAGAGAGGUGCUCCAGCAGCUCAGCCGCAGGGCCCAGCUCUGGCCUCUCAUGGAGGAGCUGGCCGUACUCAACCAGCUCCGGCUCAGCACCGACCUGCUGCAGCUGGCUCUCACACAGGGGGACAGGGAGUCAGAGGACAGCCUGCGUCGUGAGGUCUCCCAACACCUGCGCUUCUGUCUCCAGUCCACCCCCAUGAACGUCAGCCAGCUCCAGCCCCUCUGGUUCCUCCUCAGCAGUGACCGGCCUGUGGAGGAGCUGCAGUUUGUGUGGUGUGAUCUGCUGUCGGAGGCCCUGUCGGCCCUGUGGAGCAGCAGUGUGACCGCUGACCCCGAGCGCUGGCUGAAGUGGGACCCCCUGUGUCCCGAGGGCCAGAUGAUAUCAUCCAAGUCACCUCUGGGACCUGGAAAAAUGGGUCCUGACAUGCUGAGCAAAGCAGUGUGGUCCAGGUGCAUGUUAGGGGUUCUUAGCAGCAGCGAGACAGGGGGACGUUGGGACCCCACGGGGACGUCCCUCCUGUCCUCGUCCCGGGUCACCCUGGGGGAGUGGAGGGAGAGGACCGAGCAGCUCCAAGACGUUACCGCCGUGCUGUGGGACAACAUGGCUGUUCCGGCCCUGGCCGAGUUCAGGAGUACUGACCUGCGGCUGCAGGGCGUGGUGCUGCGCAGGCAGCUACAGUCCCUGUCAGAGCUGCUCCCCCCGGGGCUGCAGGAGGGCUACACCGAGACCUGCGAGAGCCUGGUGGACGACCAGGACCCUCUGGUAGCUGCCCAGGAGGUCCAGACCGCCCUCAGGGACUUCCUGCCCUCCAACCUGCUCCCCGAAGGCCUGCUGGACGCCCUCCUCACCUGCCUGCAGCAGUUUGUCCAGAACAGGGUCCAGGGCUCCAUCCGCGUCCAGGGCUUCAGCCAGCUGGUCCGCUCCGGGGUCUUCUGGGUCAACAUGGGCCUGCUGCAGAUUAAGACCUGGACCCCACAGACCAUCUUCGACCCGGCCGUGAAGAGGGCCUACAAGCUGGACUACGCCCAGGAGGAGCUGGCUUUGCUGCAGGAGGAGUGGCGAGGACGCAGUCUGUCCUCUCAGCUGCUGACGGGAGUUGAGCUGGAGGAGAGCAGCACCACCGACGGCUUCCAGCAUCCUCGCAUCAGGUACCUGUGGAUCCGUAUGCAGCAGGUGAAGGAGCAGAUAGCAGAGCUCUCCAGGAAGCAGGCCUGCAGGCCCAACGAGCCCCAGUACGGCAGGCUGUUCCAGGAGCUGCAGCACUACCUCUGCAGCAUCGGCCAGCCGGCCACUGUGGAAGACCUGCUCUCCCACCUGCUGAAAGCCCUCCAGGGGAGCGGCCCCAAAUUCAGGUCGGGGACUCAGGGCCUGCUGAAGGAGGAGGCUGUGUGGCAGGCCUCGCAGCACCGCUUCGCCCAGAGGCUGGUGGAGGAGUACCCGCUGUACCCUGACGUGGUGGGGCCCCUGAGGACCGCCAUCCUCCAGCUCCGGCACGGCAUGAGGCUGGUGGCAUCCCAGGUGGACUCCUCCCUAACCCCCAUUCCUGGCCUGCCCAAGCUGGUGUCCUGCCUACUGGCCUUCCCUUCCAUCUCCCCCAGCCUGCCCUCUUACCUGGCCAGGGCAGACUACCUGUGCUCCAGGGGCUGCAUGGAUGUUCUGAGGGGCCUAGGGAAGCUCUUGCCCCAGCCAGACCCGGAUCACGUGGUCCCAGAGCCAGGGACGUUACUCCUGAACGCUCUGCUGUACCUGCAGUGUCACGCCCUCUCCACAGGCCAGCUCAGCCAGGACACACUCAAACUCUUCAGACACAUCUGUCAGGCUCUGGUGAACGAGUGGGACGAGCAGGAGAGACGUGCGCGGGAGAGAGAGCAGCUCGAGGCCAGUCUGUACCGUCACCGCAGCAGACUCCACGGAACGGGCCUGAGCGAGGACGAGCAAGAGGAGAGGGACUUCAGACGCUGCUUCCCCCAGUUUAACAAGGACUUUUCUGAUAUCACUGCCCAGCCCAGUCUGGAAGGACCGGCAGACAGGGGAGAGCCAGAGGAGGAGGAAGUGAUAGAAGAUCCCAGCGAAGCUGGCUGCCUGUCUCCAGCCUGUAUGAACACUGUGGUACAGGUCCAUCAACGCCUCUGUCUGGGCUACACCCAAUCACUGUGGUACCAGGCCAGUGCUCCAGCCAAUCACAGCGGAGAUCACAUCCAAGCUCUGGUCUCCUCCUAUCAGACGACAGCCCCUGUGAUGUCACGCUUCUACCAUCUCAUGGACUCUGAGAUGGACCAGCAGAUGACAGGCACCCAGCUGCUCCUCAGCGCCCUGCUCCAGAACACUGUCCAGGGGACCCCGGGGCCCGAGGGCCUGACCCUCCAGCCAGACGGGCCCUAUGACUUCUACCAGCAGCCCAACAUGAGCGAGGCCCGCAUGUGUCUGCCUGUACUGGAACAGCUGGCCCUGGCCGUCAGACAGAGGCUGGAGGAUUGGCCCGAGCACCCUGCCCUAGUGCAGUUGACGGUGGUGAUGGAGAGGAUCAUGGGCUUCAGUCUGGCCAGCCCACUGGCCAAGUUCCUCAACGGCCUGGAGAUCCUGCUCAGCAAAGCCCAGGACUGGGAGAACAACGCCAGCCGCAAGGUCUCUCUGAGGAGGGAGCUGGAGCCUGUCACUAACCUCAUUAUCCAGUGGCGCAAACUGGAGAUCAACUGUUGGUCCAGCAGUCUGGACAACGCCUUGAAGCGUCACACAGAGAGAUCCACCAAGCACUGGUUCUCCCUCUACCAGCUGGUUGAGAGGUACCUGGAGGAGCAGAGGAUGGACACCAGCACAGAGGGCGAUCUGUCUCUGGAGAGUCUGUCCCUGUCCACGGUGUCGUCCACGCUGCAGGCCUUCAUGGAGGGUUCCACCCUAGGGGAGUACCACACGCGGCUGGCCAUGCUGCUCAGCUUCCACUGCCACCUCCUCCUGGCCCCCAGCCAGCACGGAAAAGAACCUCUCUGCAGUCUCCUCUGGAAUCUGCACAAGUACUACACGCAGUUCUCAGAAUGCAUCCAGACCAAAGUCACUCAGCUCCGCCAGCCCAUUGAGAAGGAGCUCAAGGACUUUGUGAAGAUCUCCAAGUGGAACGACGUCAGUUUCUGGUCCAUCAAACAGUCGGUGGACAAGACCCAUCGCACCCUGUUUAAGUUUGUGAAGAAGUUUGAGGCAGCGCUGAGCGGGCCGUGUGCCCCGGCACUGAUGGAGCAGGGCAGCAGUGCCAGCCUGGACAGUGUGGAUGCCAACCAAGAGAACACCCCGUUGCACAGGCUUCACCAUGCCCUGAAGAACGCCCUCCCUGGCAAGGCCAGAGACCUACAGAGUGAGUCCCCAGAGGAGGGCCUGGCAGGUGUGGAGCCCUCAUCUCUGCAGGGCCGUCUUCCCCUCCUCACCAGGAAGAUGAGGAAGAUGUGUGUGACCCUGGUGAAGAAGAACCCCCUGCCCGAGCUCUCUGAGGACCUGGACGUCUUCACCGGGGAGAUCAUCAGCAACCUGCGUGACCUCCAGAGCCUCACGAUCGACCUGAAAGCCGAGAAGGAGAAGCAGAAGUCCGAGGUCAAACACAUCCUCCAGCAGAAGCAGAGGGCCCUGUCUGACCUCUUCAAGAUGCUGGCUGAGAUCGGUCUGUCCUACCGUAAGGGCCUGAACUGGAACAGGACAGCGGACCCAGAGGAGACCCUGUGUCUGCAGCCGCUGGAGCUGCAGACCGCCCUGGCAGCAGUCAGGACCGAGGAGCAGGCCGAGAACAGUUUGUUUACUGAGAUGAGCGCUGCGUGGGACGGCUGUCAGAAGUACUUCUACCGCUCGUGGACCCGCAGAACGGCAAUGAUGACUGCUCUCCAGAGCGCUGCUAAGGAGCUGGGGAUUGGGAACAUUGAUCGUUGCCGAGGCUUCUCCUCCCACCUGUUCAAGCUGCUGCUCAGACAGAGGCGACGCCUGGCCAAGCUCACUGAGCAGUGGGUCCACCACAGGAGGCUAACAGUCAGUGUUCAGGGCAUCCAGGCUCACCUCCGGGCCCACAGUGAGGACCGUGGUGGCCUUCCCCCCCAGGCUUCUCUCCAGGGCUGGGUGAUCAAGGCCCAGGGCCUGUCGGCGCAGUGUGUCACCCUCCUCCAACAGCUCUCCUGGCUGCUGCAGUGUUGCCCUGAGGGGCCCCAGCAGACGGACGGGUCAGGCGGGCAGAGGGAGCCCACCCUGAGGUGCCCGUCCCCCCUGGCGUCUCAGAGGCAGCCCCCUGGGUGUUUGCUGAGGAGGGGAGACCCGGCCUGGAGCCAGCUGAGUCAGCGCGUGGCGGACAUGUUGGGUCAAACCCAGAGCCUGAAGGAGGAGCUGGAUGCAGUGGCACUGCAGUCCACACAGGGGGCGCUGCACUCUUGGAGCCACUUCUCUGUGUGUUGCUCGGGCUAUGACCGGCUGGGUUCCGUGACGGCACAGAUGCCCGCGGUGGAGCAGCUGUUCACCACCCCCGAGGGCACGGCCGACACCCAGCCUGGCCUGACCCGGGGCUUGCAGUACGUCAGAGGAGAGGUGGAGGCCGCCCUGACGGAGUUCACCACCUGGAAGACCCAGCUACUCUCCCUGGGCCACGGAAACACAGAUUACCAGCAAACAUUCCGCUCAGAGUUCUCUUCUGAACUUGAAAAGGCCAUCAACACUGUGCUGGUUGCCGUGCAGACCCUGGUGAAGAGGAGGGAGGGGGAGCAGCAAGGAGAACAGCAGACAGACACCAAGAGAGAAGGUGAGGAGGAGGCGCCCCAGGAGGACCUGCUGAAGCCUGGUCACCUGAGCCGUCUGCUGGAGGAGGAGUUAGGAGCCGAGGUGGCGUCUCUCUCCCUGGGGGAGGUCAGCGACACGCUGGAACAGCUAGUGGAGAGACUCCGAGUCCACCGAGACUCUUGUCCAUCUCACCAGCUACAGGAGCUGAGUGAGGCGUGCAGGCUGCUGGCGCGUCUGGAGCCCAUGCUGGGGCUGUACUCAGAGCUGGUACGCUAUUACCUGGCCGUGUCACUGGGAGCGCACAGGAGCACUGGGAAACUGCUCUCUGUCCUGGCCGGCAUCUUCACUGAGCUAGCCCAGAAGGGCUUCUGUCUACCCCAGGAGCUGAUGGAGGGAGGGGACGGAGAGGGGGCCACAGAGUUCCAUGACUAUGAGGGCGGUGGCAUCGGAGAGGGAGAGGGCACCAAAGACGUCAGCGACAAGAUCGAGAAUGAAGAGCAGGUGGAGGACACGUUCCAGGAAGGCCAGGAGAAGAAGGAGGAGGAGCCUGACAAGAAGAACAUUGAGGAGGAGGACAACGCCAUCGAGAUGUCCGAGGACUUUGACGGCCAGAUGCAUGAUGGAGACCAGCAAGAGCCAGAUGACAAGGAGGAGUCUGACAAAGAGGAGGAUGAAGAUCUGGAUAAGAAGAUGGGUGACCUGGGCGAGGGCCAGACGGACACGCUGGAUGAGAGGAUGUGGGGUGAUGAUGAGGAUGAUGAAGAAGAGGAGGGCAGUGACAAGGAGGAGGUGUCAGGCCAAGGAAUGGACCAGGGGGAAUCAGAGCUGGUCGCCAAGGACGACAACCUGGAUGCAGCAGACCCCAAAAAAGACAAGAACAAAGACGACAAAGACCAACAGUUGGACGAGGAGGAGGAGAAGAUCCACGAACAAGGGGACGAGCGGGAGUUUGAUGAGAACGAGGUGGACCCGUACCACGGGAAGCAGGAGAAGAAGCCUGACCCGGAGGCCAUGGACCUGCCUGAUGAACUCAACCUGGACCAGGAGGAGGAGCAGGCUGGGGACGAGGGGGAUGGAGAGGGAGAGGGAGAAGAGGAAAACCCGUUCGACAUUGACGAGAAGCCCAUGGAGCUGGACGAGAAGGAGGGAGCAGAGAAAGAUGAGGAGGGAGGAGCGGAGGAGAUGGCUGAAGAUCAGACAGACAAACAAGGAGAGGAGGAAGGCCAGGAACCCAAGACUGAGGAGGAAGAGGGAGGUGGAGGAGAACAAACAGAGCAGGACAAAGAGGCGGCCGAGGAGGAUGAGGAGAAGGACGAAGGACGGGAGGCAGGGAAAGAGGAGGACAUGGCCAUCCCUGCAAACGAAGGCCAGAAACCUAAGGAGGAGGAAGAGGAGGGUACGGGUGAGGAUGAGGAGCAGCCAGAGUCGGCAGAGAGGAAGGAGCACAACACGGACGGUCAGACGGGAGAGGAGAACGUCCAGAGUGAGACGGCCGUGGAGCUGGCAGGAGAAGCAUCCGAGAGAGACCAAGCUAAAGAGGAGCACGGUAGCGGAGCGGCUGAUGCCAGUCAGUCAGAGGGACACGAGUCCAAACUCAUGGCAAGGAUGUCCUCUCAGAAACAGAGCCAGAGCAAGACACAGAGCUUCAAGAGGAAGCCUGGGCAGGCGGACAACGAGCGCUCGACGGGCGACUACAACGAGCGCAUCAGCAAGCGCCUGCGAACAGUGGAGAGCAGUACGGAGAAGACGCAGCAGAACAACCAGACCGAGGCCCAGCAGGAGUCGGACCUGUACGAGCACAUCAAACAGGGAGAGACCGCCUACGACACACAGACAUACGAUGUUGCCAGUGCAGACCAGCAGAAACCAGCCGGAGCCCCCCAAGAGGAGGACCAAGAGGAUGAGGACAUUGCUAUGGAUACAGAGGAGCAGGAAGAGGACCUGCAGGCUGUUGAGGCCCAGGAGUUGAAGCCAGAGAAGCUGGAGUCGAACAGAGCGUCACAGAAAGGUCUAGACAGCGGAGAGCUGGAGGCUCAGAGGCAGUGUGAGGAGGACGAGGAGAGGCCAAAAGACACACAGGGUCACAGUGACGAGGAGCACCCAGAGAGGAGCACAGAGUCUACCUUCCACACCGUCCCAGAGCUGCUGAUGGACACACUGCAGAACCCAGUCCGCGACCCAGAGGAACUGAGGAGGGAGAUGGAGCUGCAGCUGGAAGCCUGGAUGAAACAGGCCCCUGGAGACCGGGAGGAGGAGAGUGCAGCGGCAGCCAUGUGGCACCAGUACCAGACGUUGACCUCGGCCCUGUCCCAGCAGCUGUGCGAGCAGCUCCGUCUCAUCCUAGAGCCCACGCAGGCGGCCAAGCUCAAAGGAGACUUCCGCACAGGGAAGCGUCUGAAUAUGCGGAAGGUGAUCCCUUACAUCGCCAGUCAGUUCCGUAAAGACAAAAUCUGGCUGAGGAGGACCAAGCCCAGCAAGAGAGAGUACCAGAUCUGUUUGGCCGUGGACGACUCCUCCAGCAUGGUGGACAACCACUCCAAACAGCUGGCCUUUGAAUCCCUGUCUGUUAUUGUCAACGCUCUCACUCUCCUGGAGGUCGGGCAGGUGUCCGUGUGCAGCUUUGGUGAGACGGUGCAGCUGCUCCAUCCGUUCCAACAACAGUUCAACGACCAGUCUGGCGCCAGGAUACUGAGGCUCUGUCAGUUCCAGCAGAAAAAGACCAGGAUAGCCCAGUUCCUGGAGACCUCAGCCAACAUGUUUGUGGCAGCUAAGCAGCACCGCCCUGGAUCCAUGAACACAGAGACAGCCCAGCUGCUGCUCAUUGUGUCGGACGGCAGAGGGCUCUUCCUGGAGGGGAAGGAGAGGGUGACGGCGGCUGUGCAGGCGGCUCGCAGCGCCAACGUCUUCGUCAUCUUCGUGGUGCUCGACAACCCGAACUCCAGGGAUUCCAUCCUGGACAUCAAGGUGCCCAUCUUCAAAGGUCCAGGAGAGAUGCCUGAGAUCCGCACCUACAUGGAGGAGUUCCCCUUCCCGUUCUACGUGAUCCUGCGGGAUGUCAACGCCUUGCCAGAAACCCUGAGUGACGCACUGAGGCAGUGGUUCGAGCUCGUCACGGCAACCGACCAGUAGAAACCAUCUUAGAAGGCAGCAACCAACCGCACAACGCCACUCUGCUGCUAGCCUCUCGAACAACACACGGACUCAAAAAACAAAACAGGACUCACAAAGAAAGACGGACUUGCCGCUGUGUAUGUGCCUUUUUAUCUCUUUUUUUUUUUUUACUGUAGUUUUAGUAGACUGUAGAGUUUGAUAGCGACUUCCGCCCAUUUAGUCCUCGACUUCAGGCCAGGGGGAUUCUGGAAGUUCUUUCGUAAUGUAAUAAGCAUUGCUUUAACUUGCACGUCUAUAACAAAUGAUUAGAAAAGGAUACAAAAUGUGAUUCCCUUCCGUGUAAACGACCUCAGUGAAGAGAUACUGUACCUCUUUCCCCUGUGUACUAUAACCCCCUUCAUGUCGUAUGGAUGUUUUCACUGUUACAUGCUCAUCAUCAAGUCAUUCUACUUCCAUGUGAACACAUCAACUGAUAAUGUACGGAGCUGACAGUAGUGUUGUGAUGAAGUUGUUUUUGGACAACUGUUUGCAAAGAACAAAAAAAUAAGAAAAGCACCCCUUUCGUUAUAUCAUGGCAAAACAAAAGCAUGCUGAUAUGGUCUUGAUCCAUUUCUAAAGUAAUCCCAAAAUUGUGCCUUGAAGAAAUGUUAUUGCAUCUCACUUAACACCCAUGUGCUUAUAAAAGAAUCCAUUAUUUACAUGGAAAUUAUCAUUCUGCCCAAAUGUGUUAUUCAUAUAAAGCUUAACCCUCUCUCUCUCAUUAAAUGUCAAGGUUUUGGGAAAAUUUAAGCACAAGGACGGCUAAUAACAAUUUUGAUAAAUGCUCCAAUCGAUUCCAUUUCUCUGGUCUAAGAGACAUAUCCACUACAUCUUACUGUAGAUAAGGUUCAUUCACUGACAUGAAGACACCAUUAGGAAAUGUCAUUGCUGUGGCCAUAUGGAACACAGUUGUAACUAAGUAAACAUAUGAUAUUCAUGGAAGUUUUUUUCUUCAUACCAUCCAUAAAUCACAUCAUAUGACAUGAUACAUUGUAUGAUGAUAAUAAACUUUUUAAUCUGUG